CUAUAUAUCAUUGUCCCUUUCGUGUCUGGCGCAUGGCAGGAGGCGCGUCCUGACAGCCCGGCUUCUACCGCUACGCCGCCCCACAACCAUCCGCAGGGUCCGGAGACAUCUUUGAGAAAACAGGAUGCCGACAAAUGCAGGCCGCCGCUGGAUUUCAAAUCCGCAAUUCAUCCCGGCACCUUGGUCGCCUCGAUGGAAGUGACGCAUCAGUCCAGCGACGGGGCAGUGCACGUGUCCAUCCCACCUGAAUGUAGCAGCAGUAAUGACGGGCAACCCUCGGCACAGCAAGACGGCAACUCGAGCGCUGAUGUACCUUUCGUAUCAUUACACCUCCAAACCCAAUUGGAUGUAAGGUGUUCUUCAUGACGCAUUAAAACAGGAAAUUUUAUCUUCAUGAAACAUUAAAACAGGAAAUUUAUUUGGGAAAACCACCCUCUAAUCGGUAUUUUCCUCAGCUUGUUAAUGUUACGAAUGGAGGGUUUUCUAGUGUAAAAAAAACGCUGUCAUACGUUUAUACAACGUUUGUAAAGUGAAUAAUUUCAUUUAAACCCAUUUUUGUCCGAAGGGGAUUGUUGAUUAAAAAUGCUAGUCAUUAUUUGUUAACGGUAUCAUGUCGAUUCGUUCUCGUCGUCUUAAUGUAGUAUAACUUGGAACGUGCAAUAAUUAUUUUUAAUUAUUAUACUAGUGGUUUUUCAACAAUUUAUAUUUCUCUAUAAAUAUCCACCAACUUCAGCUAUCUCUACUUAACCAACUAAUAAUUAAUUGAUCCUUUAUCUAAAUUAA